UAUGUACGACCGUGCUCCCCGCUGGCUCAGGCCGCCCCAGGGUGGCAGCACCGAGGAGCACGUGGGGCCUGGGUCCUACCAGGUACCGGGCCCUCAGCAGCGGGCCACAGGUGGCUAUGCACCAUUUCUUUCUUUGAGUUCCAGACAAAGUGCUUACGGUGUUGCCUCCGACACUGGGAAAGCUGCCCCAGGUCCAGCACACUACAAUGUGUCACAGGCACAGGAUAAAAUAAAAGGAGGCGGUAGUCUGCAAAACCGAGAGAAGCGGUUUAAGAAGCUUACUUCUGAUGGUCCAGGCCCUGGAAGCUAUGACCAACCUCUUCCUGGGAGUUUGUGCAUCAUGAGCAGACAGAAAAUUUCUAGAACACCUGUGGUUUCCAGAAGCAUUGACGUUCCUUCAAUUCCCUCUUCUGGAAAGUCACAUGGCUAUCAUCUCAAUGAUGAUAACAGUAUUAUGAGACGUACGCCACCUGCUAGUGAUAACACAAUAGGUCCAGCAUACUACAAGCCUCAGUUUGAUUAUCCCAAAUCAACUUUGAAAUACAAAGGUGUACAUUUUGGCAAUGCUACAGGAAGACAAGAAUUGCUCAAAUAUUCAGGUCCUGGUCCUGGACAGUAUGAUAUCAUCCAGAAAAGGACAUUACAUUAUGAAAAUAUUAACAUCAAGAAAGAUCAACAGCAUGAUUAUUGUACAUUUAUACCACGGCUUUAUGAAGAAAUAGUAUUGCAGGAGGAAAAGAAGGGAGUACCAGGACCUGGAAAGUAUGAAAUUAAAAGUCAGUUUCAGAAGACACCAAGUAUGACAGCGAAUGUAAACGAUGCAUCUUCCUUUUUUCUCUCUGAAUCAGAGAGAUUUGCACCUAUCAAAUCCAGUACCCCAGCUCCUGGCACAUAUGAUGAAAUACGAACUUCUUUUAAGUGCUUGAAGAAAACAUCAGGACAGGAUUCGCCAUUUGGACAAAGUGCUGCCCGGUUCAUACGGGACUCCCGGGCACAGGAUAUGCCAGGUCCUGGUUUUUAUGAUAUUUCAAGGAACACUUUAAUUGCCAAGGUUAAAAAACCCCGCUUGAAGAAACCAAAGAAAACUGGAUUUACUUCUUCCAUUCCUCGAACUUCAUUGAAAACUCAGAAAGAAGAAUCCAGAAAUCCAGGACCUUGUGAUUAUCAGGUUGAUAGAAUUCUUGAUGAAUUACCUAACUUUACAAACCAAAACGCUCCUUUCUUGUCAAGAACAGAAAGAAGUACAGUAGUACCAGAUGAGAUGAGUCCAGCUCCAGGCUGCUAUGAUGUUCAGAAAUCGUAUGACAUGUCCCAAGUUAAACACAACUACAUGCCACCUCGUAGUUCAAUGGCUAAACUAAAACAUUCCUCCUUCCUGAGUGCAGCUCCCCGGUGCCUGGGAAAAAUCGCUGAGGGGCCAGGACCUGCAACAUACAAUCCGAUUUUAAUGAAGUCCUGUGCCAUAAUCUCAUUUGUUAAAGGAUCAAAGCGUUUUAGACAUUUUUCCAAAGACUGCUUUCCUGGCCCAACGACAUAUGAGCUCAGUCCAUUUUUAAGACAUUCUGUUCUGAAGAGAACAUACAAUGUCACUCUGCCAUAUUCAUCCUCUAAGAGAGAAAUUACUGGUCACACAGAACAAAAAGCUAGACAAAAACAUCGAAGACACAGAUUUCAGCACUCUAACUGCUGGUCAAUGGCAGCCUCACUCACUCCCACACCACCAGACUCCAAAUAUGUCCCAGUUCCUCUGAGCGGACCACCUGCUGGCAAAAUCGAAACCAGAGCCAUGCAGUCUGAUAAGGCGAUUCUUGUCCUCUUCCUAAAGGAAGUUUGA